AUGCUUUGGCGUUGGCAACAAAAUGACCCCAACCACCACGCCUUCUCGGCUCUGGCGGUAGAUGCAGCAGCAUGCGGCAGCCGCCCAAGGCGGCCCGUUAUAAACACGGCAUCGACUUGCAUCUUACUGCUGGCCCUCAUCGCGGCCUUUGCGGCGCUCUACAACACGCUGCGCAGUACGAUACUGAGGGGGGGUUUCUCUUCGAGGGGUAGUAGUUGUCCGCAGCUCGACAUGUCCGGGUAUUUGUGUGCGCCAAACGGCGCCAGGCCAGAGGUGGCAUAUGAACGUGGGUGCGAGUGGGAUCCCAUCAGCUUCCACUGGUACCGGCGCGAGCGAGUCGAGGACCCGGACAACCAGGAGCUGAUCCGCGGGUUCCUCGAGACGGGGCCGUGGCACCGGUUCUACGACGCCGAGGGCACCGUCGAGGUCGACCCGGCGAACCGGGUCCUGACGACGCUGUGGCUGACGAAGCGCGAGCACGUCGUGCACUGCAUGUACACGCUGCGUCAGACGCAUCUCUGGCUGGCCAAGGGCUUCGAUCCUCCCUUCAACUACAGCCACACCAUUCACUGCACGUCGUACCUGGUCAACAUCAUUCUCGAGAGUCCGGUGCCGGACAUGGACAAGCUGACCGUCCACGCUGUGCCGUACCCUUCAAACUGGCAGGUGGUGAGUACCCUGUGGCUCACAAAGGAUAUGUCGAGCUAA